UCUCGGAGUGCCUCAGAGUGAACCGCUCUGCGAGAGAGAGAGACAGAGAGAGAGCGAGAGAGAGAGAGAAAGAGCGGGAGGUAGAGACACAGCAAAAGAGAGAGAGAGAGAGAGAGAGAGAGAGAGAAAGAGCGGGAGGUAGAGACACAGCGAAAGAGAGAGAGAGAGAGAGAGAGAGAGAGAGACGGGGAGAAGCAGGCAGACAGACAGAACGACAGAGACGGAGAGAAAGAGGGAAAGCAACAAAAAGAGAGAGAGACAGUCUCUCUCUGACAAUGAAGUCAAAACAUUUAUGAAAACUUUGUUUGCACGGGAGAAAAGACCAAGGAAAAACAGAAACUGGAGGGCAUGGGGAACGCGAGCACUCCCGGGGGGCCGGACGCCUCGCCGGGGGGGAACGUGACCGCCCCGCGCUCCAGCGAGGUGGAGGUGCUGCUGGGCAUCGUGGCCUCGCUCCUGGUCCUGACCAUCGUCUUCGGCAACAUCCUGGUCAUCACCGCCAUCGCGCGCUUCCAGCGGCUGCAGACGGUGACCAACUGCUUCGUGACGUCGCUGGCGUGCGCCGACCUGGUGAUGGGCCUGGUGGUGGUGCCGUUCGGCGCCUGCCACAUCAUCCUGGGCACCUGGCACUUCGGGGACUUCUGGUGCGACUUCUGGACGGCGACGGACGUGCUGUGCGUGACGGCCAGCAUCGAGACGCUGUGCGUCAUCGCCCUGGACCGCUACCUCGCCAUCACCUCGCCCUUCCGCUACCAGUCGCUGCUGCGAAAGGGCCGCGCGCGGGCCGUGGUCCUGCUGGUGUGGGUCGUGGCCGCGCUCAUCUCCUACCUGCCCAUCCACGCCGGCUGGUGGAUCUCCGAGAAGGACGAGGCCGUGGCGUGCAAGAACAACACCGGCUGCUGCGACUUCAACACCAACGACACCUACGCCAUCACGUCCUCCAUCGUCUCCUUCUACAUCCCGCUGGUGGUGAUGGUGUUCGUCUACAGCCGCGUGUUCCGCGAGGCGCGCCGCCAGCUGAAGAAGAUCGACCGCAGCGAGGGCCGCUUCCACGCGCAGAACAGCGGCCCGGCGCUGGAGCGGGCCAGCGGCGGCGGGGAGGUCCGCAACGGGAGGAGGACCAAGUUCUGCCUGAAGGAGCACAAGGCCCUGAAGACCCUGGGCAUCAUCAUGGGCACCUUCACGCUCUGCUGGCUGCCCUUCUUCCUGCUCAACGUGCUCAACAUGGUGGACAGCAUCCGCGAGAUGGCUCACUUCAACCUGACCUUCAGGAUCCUCAACUGGAUCGGCUACGCCAACUCGGCCUUCAACCCGCUCAUCUACUGCAGGAGUCCGGAGUUCAGGUACGCCUUCCAGGAAAUCCUCUGCCUGCGGAGGUCGCCGUUCCCCAGGAUGGGCCGGGCGCGCGACUACGUGUACAGCGGGAACAGCUGGCAGAGCGAGCAGCAGGUGAAGAGCAAGCUCAACGCGGAGUACAGGGAGGUGUCGCACGCGAUGGCGGAGAAAGGCCCGCUGUCCGCGGCCGGCAGGACAGACCCCAACGGGAACUGCAGCAAGGCGCUGACGGGCGGCGUUUAACCCCGGCCGGCCGCCCACCCGCGCGCUAGCCCGUCUCUCCUGCGCUCAAAUGUGAGUUAAACGCCCACCUCAUGCCCAGUCCAUUGGGGUCAAAUUGCCAUGUACGCAUUUCAUUGUGGAAAUACAGAUAUGUCUUCUUUUUUUUUUACCGCAUAUUUUGCCAUCGGCAGUGUCCACCUAGGAGUGUUUUGAGACCAUAAAAACGUGGCAUCGUAGAAUUCUUCAUCUACCUCAUAAUUUUUGCAAGAUGCCUCUUUUUUCUUCUUAUCUUUAAGCUUUGUGUUUGUGAAACAAAUACAGGUGCCACACAAUACGGACCCACAUACUGAACAUCUUUUGUCGUUGGAUUUUUCUGAGAGAGAGAUUUGAACUGUCAAAAAAAAAGUAAACAGUACGUGUUUAUUGAAGUUAUCACAGGGAAAGCCUUUUGCACAUUUGGGAAAUAUGUUCAUGUACAUGUUCUCUCUUUGAUCGCGUCGAAGAAAGUCUGAGCCAAUUAGCGCAACGCAAACGUUACACAGGAUUCACCUUCCGUGCAAACGCAGAUACCAUCAAUAGCAAGUGAGGGUAGACGAUGUUCUGAUGCUUAUCGCAUAACCCCAAGACGUCGAAGAGUAAGUGCAAACCACGGUGCCCACAGACACCAGGCGUGUUUUCAUGUGCACUGAAUUACUCCCCUCGUCUAAAAUGAGCAUUCAGGCGUCGCUCCGAGAAACACGAUUAGGAACGAGGAACUUGGACGGAAUACGAAACAUGUUCUGUAUCAUCCUUCUCGACAACACGAAAACAUAACAACGGCACUCUAAACAAAAGAUUAAUACCUUGUUAAAUUCCACCCCUGUCCCGUCUCCACCGGCAGGCUGCACUAGUCUAGUAGUCUAGUAAAACAUGAUAAACUUGUUCAUAUUCCGUCGUAUAGAGAGAUCUGCAUAAAAUUUUUUACAUCGUUUUUCGUUGAGGAAUGCGCUGAGUUUCGUAAUUUCACAGAAUUGCAAUCCGAUUAAUAGGACAUGCAUACGAAUGCAUAUCGCCAAGUCGAACGAAAUGACCAGCUAAUUUUAAAUGCACUGCCCUAUAUAGAAUUGCCUACUCCCGUGACAGGCACGGAAACAAAACAGGGUAGUCGACUGUCUUGCUCCCUGGUGGAGACGUUGUUUUUAUAUAAAGAGUUCUGCCAGUCUCCAUGUAAACGAGAUGCAUUUCCUGUUAAUUCGUGGUACAGAGCGACGACAUUGCAGCAUUUAUUUGCAGUAGUGGACUCGUUCUGUUCUUCCUUUCACUCCUCAAUUCAGCUUUUGUUUGCGUUUGUUUAAAACUUUAGGGCUCGGUUGUUUUGUUUGCGCAGAGGAUUGUUGCACUGAGAGCGUUUUAUAGCUGUGAUGCCAGCACCUCUCUCGUUGCUUCAGUUCGCCAGCUCGCGCAGAUAGCUUUUUGACGAAAGACGCCAAAAUUACCAGAACAGAAAAUUAGAUUGAGGGAGCCUUUUACGUCUCCGCAAGCACACUCGCAUUGUGAUAAGUACGACACAAGUCCGUCUCGGAUUCUGACAAAUUAAUCUGCGGGCGGAAUGGUCGCUCUGUCGCGAAGUCUGCCCGCUACAAUAUGUGCACUUAACCUACGGACCUUGAUACGAUCUUUGAACCAACUCUCUGCGGUUUAAACACUUUGAACUGACUCCGCGGUUUAAAUUCAGCGUUUGUGUCCCCGCUUAUCUGCGCACGUGGCUGCCUUCUGAACUACGACCAGGCAUAAGUUAAAAAAAUAAAUAAAAAAAGCAAAAAAAAGCUGUGUUAUGUCCCGUUAUGAUACACAUCCCAGUACUGUAGCUUCUCUUAAUCAUGCCAUUACGGACCUCGCUUCGGUGUGUAAAGUAUAUAUAUAUAUAUAUAUAUAUAUAUAUAUAUAUAUAUAUA